AUGGACCAAGACCCCGAGGAGCAGGAGCACUACAAGUCCGUGCUGCUGUCGUUCCGCGAGUACGAGACCUUCAUGAUGCGCGAGAUCCACCGGCGGAAGAAGCACAUGCAGUCCAUGUCCAUCGACAUGCAGCGCCGCUUGCCGCAGUCCUCCACGCUUCGCAACCUCCACCACUUUGUCAAUGCAGCGCACUAUAACCAGGUCUUUUUCGAGCGCGUGGUCCAGGCCCAACUAGAGACGGGACCGGCCUGUGAAGUGCCUAUGUUGACGCCCAAGACGCCGCUGCAGAGUCCCCCGCGUCACUUUUCCAAGCUCAAGAGCACGUUGCACCAGUUCGUACGCGACUGGUCUGAUGAGGGCAAGAAAGAGCGUGAGAUGUGCUACACCCCCAUUAUCAAGGAACUGCGCCGUGUCUUGCCAACGAAUCCAGACAAUCCAACCGAUCGACCUCGAGUGUUGCUGCCAGGGGCGGGAUUGGGACGACUGGCACUGGAAAUUGCUUCCAAGGGCUACGCGGCUCAAGGCAAUGAGUUUUCGUACCAGAUGCUGUUUGCAAGCAACUUUAUUCUCAACUGGGUGACGCAACCGCUGCAAUUUGAGAUUUACCCAUGGAUCCACAAUCCAUCGAACGCGCUGACGAUUACGGACCUGUUGCGUCCCGUCGCAAUUCCUGAUGUGGCACCAGCAGAGCUUUUAGGUCUCAAUUCUGGUGCUGCCGUGCCUAUUGACUUCUCCAUGUGUGCCGGCGAGUUCCUAGAGGCGUAUGCGAACGACAAAGAAUGUUGGGACUGCAUUGUGACGUGCUUUUUCAUCGAUGCGGCACCAAAUGUGAUCGAGUACAUUGCAGCCUUCGACCGUUUGCUUAAGCCUGGUGGGUACUGGAUCAACUUAGGCCCGCUGCUUUACCACUGGCAAGACAGUAGCGGUGGCGACGACGAGCGCUACGAGCAGUCCGUCGAGCUCUCGUACGAAGAGAUCAAGCACGUCAUGAGCACGUACAACUUUCGCAUCCAGAAGGAGUCGAAGCGUGAGUGUUUGUACACGAACAACGUCAAAAGUAUGAUGAAAACGGUCUACAACUGCGUCUUCUUCACGGCCGUCAAGGAGACGACUGGACGCGUCUAG